GACUCAUACUUUCCUACUCAUCGACCUGUGUGCUUUUAUGGCUCGAAGCAGUACCAGAAAUGUCUUUCCAGGAGUCUUGUCAGUGCAGAAAGAUUCCACUCGCAGGGAGGGAAUCAUCAUGAGGAAACUGAAGAGAACAGCCACCUCUCUUCACAACCAGCGGAGCUAUCAUCUCCAGCUGAAGUUCAUCUUGAUGGGACGGCCUCAGACAAAAGCUUCCCUUUCAUGAGCCACCUGCAGCAGUGCCGCUCUCCAUCAGACGUCCUGGACCUCACCUGUAAGCACACGCUCCAAUUGUGGCAGAUCAGUGCCUGCCUGACCUACAUGUGGUCCUCCUUGAAGAUGAUGUCACACGAGCAGCUGCACUACGAGUCGCAGCUGAUGUUUGAGCAUCCAGAAUUUGAGAAGUUACUGCAAAAAGCCAUGAGCUCUGUCCAAUACAUGUAUAACAAGGACAUUGUUUACUCCCUCUUGAGUAUGAUCAAUAUGGGCGUGCCUCAUCGUAGCCGCGUUGUCCAGACUUUUCUUCGAACUUGUCAGGAAAACCUGAAUGACUUUGAUGAAAAGAGUCUGUCUGUCUUGGCUUCUAGUCUGAUUCAAAUGGAGGACAGUCCAAAUGUGAACGCACUAAAGGAGGGGAUGAAGUUGAUAGUUGAGGAACACCUUCCUAGUAUGAAGAAUAUAAUGUCUAUUCAGAUUAUAAUGCGCCUUUUGGGAAAAGAUGCCCCAAAAACUCUUAAACAGAAAUUCGAGAAAAAGGCCCUAUCCAUGUCGGACCAGUUCAGUGUCCCUAAUGCCGUCCACAUGAUCUCCGUUUUGGCGGAAAUGGACUUCCACUCCAAACCACUGUUGCAUGUUUGCAGUCAAAAAAUCACAGAAAACCUUCAUACCAUCACUUUUAGCCAGCUGUACUUGGUGCUACAAUCCUGUUUGCCCCUUCACUACAGAGAUUUAGAUCUGUUCACUGGUAUUUCAGACUAUGUUGCUUCCACCAUUGACAUGUGGACCAAUAAACAGUUGAUCCUUUUCCUGGCUGCGUUUGAGCAGGUCAACUUUUGUCCUGAUGCCUUAAUGGAGGCUUUUGUGACGAAAGUGAUUGAAAAUCCCAACUCCUUCACACUUAAAACCCUCCUGUGUGUCUUAAAAGUGUAUUCAUCUUUUAACUACAAUCUGAAGCAUAGAAGACAACA